UUAGAUGUUUUAAAACUCAAUGAAACUGGGGCUUAGGUACCGGUAUCACUGUACCGGUACCAACAGACCGGAAUAUUCCGUGUUUGAAUCUGAUGUUCUAAGUAUGAAGUUUGUUGUUAUAGUCAGUCCUGUCGCUGUUACUAAAUACAAAAAUGUAUCUCUGAACUUCAGUCACCAUAAUCAGCUUGUUAUAUUUCCUCUUUAUUAGGUAAAACAGUAAAAGGUAUAAAUUAAAAUAUUAUCUGUAAGUUGAUAUGGCUUUGCUUAGUAAGAAGAGAUCAUCUUUUGAAAAAGCAGAAUCUUCUUAUCAGGAUAAGUUUGAACCACACUGUUUUCUUCAGUGUCAUGAUUCCGGUGUGGAUGCGAGCGAUUACAGCCAUCAAGUUUGGUGCUGUAAAUUUCUCCCAUCAUCAAGAGAUAUUGUUGCUACAUGUGGAAGUGAGAGUGUCUGUCUAAUAGACACAAAUUCAGCAAGAGUAAGGGCUAAAUUUACAAAACCAAACGAAGAAUUUUACACACUGGAUUGGACAGUUUUAAAUGUCGGGUCUCAUUCUUCAAAUGUAAUUGCAUGUGGCGGUUGCUUGGGAUUUAUCUAUCUCAUCAAUACAGAAAGAUUUAUUGUUUAUAAUUAUUUUAAAUCUCAUAGUAAACCAGUGCAAACGAUGUCCUUCGUUCCUGGGCAUCCUACUCUGCUACUUUCUGCGGGCAACGAAAAAAAGAUUUAUUUAUGGGAUAUUGGGAUACCUUCGUUACCAGAUUAUCAUUCAUAUCAUAAAAAAUUGGCGUUGUUUGACAACUUAUUAUUCAGUCCUUUAAAGAUGAUAACACUAAAAAAAUAUCUUUUUUGUGCAUCUGAAGGUGGUCUUUUUUGUUGGGAAACAGGCGAUGCGUUAAAAAUAAAAAACAGUGAUGUUAAGGGUUCAAAAUUUGAAAAAUUCAAUGAAAUUACCGAAAUAAAAUUUCUUAAUGUUGAUGACGAGCCUGUUGUGGAUGGGCUUGCCAUAAUUGAUGAUGAUUUGAUUGCAACAAAAUGCGCACAGACAGGAGUUAUAUUUUUAUGGCAGCUCAAUACUGAAGAAAAUAGGCCUACGAAAAUUGUAAUGCCUUCAGUUAUAAGUGAAUUGAAAUGGUCUAACACUGAACAAUUUUACAUAAAUAUAACUUCUUGUGUGAAAAACAAAAUUCUUUUUGCUGGAGAUGAAAAAGGAUCUAUUUGGGUGUAUGAUUGUGGAUCAGACGGGAAAGUCUCCAGCUAAGACACAAAAAGUGGAAAAGGCGCAUAACCCUGGUCACUGCAAUAUGCUUCUGCCAUUAUAAAAUGGCCAGACUGUUUAAGUACUGACAAACAGCCAGUAUUAGAGCUUAACAAAGGAACUGUUUUAAAUGAUAUAUGUUGUAGUUUUGACAUGAGUUAUGUUGUGGCUGUUGCAGAUUGCAAUUUAGUAUGCAUUUAUAAAUAUUCUGCUUGAUGUUUGUUUUAAAUAAAACAACUCAAUUUUGAAAUUAUUUGCCAAAAAAAUUUUCAAGAGUCAACAUAGUAUACUAAUGUGAAAUGUCCUCACCGGAAUGACCUGUUUAUUUUUGUCAUAUUUUCUGUGAUUUGUGCUUAAUUAUUUUUAAUGGAUUGAUUAGCGAGGUAAAUAAUGAUGUUGUUGAAUAUGAAGAAUAUUUUUAAAUCAUUGUGAUUUGAUUAAAUUAUAUUUGUUCAAUUGCUAAUUGUCAUUCUGUUUAAAUUUUAGCAAGCUAAAUACUUCAUAUUUUGUAUUAAUACUUCCAAACUUUUCCCAAAUCAUAAAUUUGUGAUAAUGUAUUGCAUUUGUGCAUUUUAUUGAUUUGAUGACACUGCCACUAUUUCCACAGUAAAUAUUUUAAUAUUUAAAAAGUCACUGUGAUAUACUCUAACCUAGAAAUGAGUUGUUUUGUUUUGAAUUUAUCUUGCUGUGUCUUGUCCAUUGCCAUCUGACUGCAUAUAUAUAUAUGAAAGCACAAAGGGAUUUUUCUGACUAGGUAUUUUUUACUUACUUUCAUGUUCAUUUACAAAUGUGUUAAUUGUCAAAUUCAUUUGUUGGUGAUUUUUAUUAAUGGUAUUAAACAUUUUAGCACGAUCACUUUUCAAUAUUGCCUGUAUUAAUGGACAAUUUUAUAGAUUUUGUGUGAACUUUCAUUUGUUUUAAACUUUUCAUAUCCUUUUUAAUAUUUUGAAG